UGAGGUGGAGAAAGAAAGAUAACAAGAUUGAUUGUUUGUUGUACUUUGCCAUUGGCUCCAUCUUUGCACACAAAAGAAAGAAAAGAAAAGAUAAAAUCUUUUUUUUUUAAUUUUUAAUUUUUAAUUUUUUUUCUUCUUCUUCUUCUCUCUUUUUCUCUAUCCUUGCCGAUCUUUAAGCUUCACGAUCUUCCUUGCUUUCGGUGCUUUCAAAAGCAAAUCAAAAUCCUCUUAUUUAUUUAUUUACUUACUUAGCCCUCUACUCUGUUUUUAUUUUUCCCUUUCACUAAGAAUCAUUUCUUUCUCUUUCAAUCUUUUCAUUUCGUGAUACACAGUGUCUUCUUCUUCUACCCAACAAGAAGCAGAAAGCCUCCAAAUUCCUUUUUAUUUACAGUUUUCUUUAUCUUCUUGCUUGUUUUUUUUAUUACCCAUCAAUUUCUAUUUUAUGCUGUCUUAAAAGUUCUUGACCUUUUUUCUUGAGUUAGCUUCCUCUUCAAGAUCUUAUAUUUACUCUGCUUAAAAAAUAAGCUAAAAAGAAAAAAAGAAACAAAUUUUUUUCCUUGAGAAAGUGAUGCCAAAAUAUUCCAAGAAUUUUUUAGGUAAUAAAUUGGUAUUAAGGUAUGUGUAAUAGUUCCCUAGCAUCAAAUCUCUUGACUAAAGCCUACUGUUUCAGGAAAGAAUAAGGAGAGCAAGAAAGAAACAGAGCGAUUUUUGUAAAUGGAUUCAAGUAGUAAUCCCAACUUUCAUCACCAAAACAAUCAACAGCCCAGUUCAGGAUUAUUGAGGUUUCGCUCAGCUCCAAGUUCAUUUCUUGCAAAUUUUAAUGACAAUGGAGUUACUAGCAAUAAUUCUGUUAUGGGUUUUCAAGAACUUGAAGAUAAAUCUGCAGUGAGAGUAAGAGAGGUUGGAGCUGUUGUUAAUUAUGCUAAUUCGACACAGAGUUAUUCAGGUUUGCCUCCUCAUUAUCCAAGGCAUACUAAUAGUUCAGCAGCUACAAGUUCUUCAGCUAUGGAUAGCUCAUUCGGUUUGAUUGGUUCAAUGGCAAUGGGUGGUCAUCAUGAGCAGGAAGCUAAAAGGGUUGAUUCAAAUCUUGCUAGACAAAGUAGCUCACCUGCUGGACUCUUUGGUAAUCUUUCUGUUCAAACUGGCUAUGCCACCAUGAAAGGUAUGGGAAACUAUGCUCGGGUGAAUGGUACUAGUGGAGAAGUAAGUCCACGAUUGAAGUCUCAACUUAGCUUCCCAUCAAGGAUACCUUCUUCCUUAAGCAUGUUGUCACAGAUUUCAGAAAUUGGAAGUGAAAGCAUUGGUGGUGCUGCUAGCCCUGAUAGUGGAAAGCUUGGAAAUGGCAAUGGUGACAGUCGAUUUUAUAGCAGUACAGGGUUCCCUUAUGGUUCUUGGAAUGAUUCACCUUUCUCAGAGAACUUUAAUGGCAUGAAAAGAGAUCCAGAUGAUAAUGGAAAACCAUUUUCUGCAGCUCAGAAUGGCGAGCUUGGAAAUCGAGUUCAUUUAUUAUCACACCACUUAAGUUUACCAAAGGCAUCAGUGGAUAUGGUUGCCAUGGAAAAGUUCCUCCAUUUCCAAGAUUCUGUUCCUUGUAAAAUUAGAGCAAAGCGCGGUUGUGCUACUCAUCCUCGAAGCAUUGCAGAAAGAGUGAGAAGAACCCGGAUUAGUGAGAGAAUGAGGAAACUACAAGAACUUGUUCCAAACAUGGACAAGCAAACAAACACGGCGGACAUGUUAGAUUUGGCCGUUGAUUACAUAAAAGAUCUUCAGAAGCAAUACAAGACUCUCAGUGACAACCGAGCAAACUGCAAGUGUUUGAGUAAGCAGAAGCCAGUGCAAAACCAAAUCGUUUGAUAUGGUUCUGUACAGGAAAUAAGGGAAGUGAAUAGGAUCCAGUUCUUGUUUUAUCCUUUUUCUAGUGUAAUGAACAAGUAUCUAGAAGCAAAUAUAUUUUACUUUCUUACAGUGGGCAAGCACAGUAAAUUUGGCUAGAAUCUCCACUUUGCAUAACUAUGAUCAGGAAGCUAGCAAAGCUUCCUAUUACAACACCUGAAAUAAAAGAAAUGUACAGGAACAUGUUCUUGUAAUGCAUUAAUUCCUUGUUAUUUGUAAUAGUUCUUGUUUCUCA